UUUGUUUUCAGUGUCCCCCAUCCAGGUGAAUGGUACGCUCCAGUGGAUAGGCAGAGAGCGUCCCGCAUCUAGCCGCUGUAUUCAGCAAGCGGCUGCUGUGCGGUGGGCAGGGCCCCGGACCUGGGCCCCCCUCUUUCUCUAUCUUUAGUUUUCACAGCUGAGAUCACACAUUUCAGUGGGAAUAGCGAAUUUAAUCAAUCAUCGAUCGUAUUACUCUUUUAAUUGAGCUCAACUGUUUGUUAUUGACCAGAUUUAAAGGGCCACUGCAUUCGGGUGUGUUCAUAUCUGGGAGUUCCUCUAUUUUUACGCGUCUCUUUUGGACCCUGUAAUGGAAUGACUGACUGCAAACCAUGAACAAAAUGGAGAACAAGGCUCUAGAGAGCAGCUUUGAAGAAAAACUUACGCUGUCAGACAAAGUUCUCACAUCUCCUCCAGGGACGAGCGGCACACUUCAGAAAGAGACUGAGUUGGACAGUGAGAUCCUGAAAGCUGACGACACAACGGUCACAGACUCCUCCUUCAUAACAGACCCUCCCUCAAAAACAGAACCAAUCAAAUCGAGACCCAGCACACCUGGAUCCAGCCCCAACCCGCCGACAAAAAAAGAUGGGGUGAGUUCAGAGCAACGGCAGAAACAAGCCAAGAAGCGGCGAGAGGAACGGGCCAAAUAUUUGGAACAGCGAACCCAGGAGCAAGCGGCCAAGAAAGCUCAGUGGUUGGAGAAGGAGGAGAAGGCACGGCGUUUGCGCGAGAGCCAGUUGGAGGAGCGCAGAAGGAAGUUAGAGGAACAGCGACUGAAGGCGGAGAAACGAAGAGCUCUACUGGAGGAAAAACAGAGACAGAAACUAGAGAAGAACAAGGAGAGGUAUGAAUCUGCCAUAAAGAGGUCAACCAAAAAAACGUGGGCUGAGAUCCGUCAGCAGAGGUGGUCAUGGGCUGGCGGCUUGAACCAGACCUCCCGCAGAGAGAGCAGAUGCUCGGCCUCCACGGUCAACCUGCCGCGGCAGACGGAGCCUGUGAUUAACAACAGGCUGUCCAAGUCCUCGGCCACGCUCUGGAACUCGCCCUGCAGAACCCGCAGCUUGCGUCUGAGCCCGUGGGAGAGCCGCAUCGUAGAGAGGUUGAUGACACCCACCCUUUCCUUUCUGGCUCGCAGCCGGAGCGUCGCCACCCUCCAGAACAGCAGCGACCCCCAUCAGUGUUCCCGCUCUGCGUCUGUAUCUCCUCUGACGCCCUGCUCCCAUCAUCAUCCUCACCAGCACAGCGCUGAACGCUGGAGGGUCUCGGCCAGCACACCAGACAUCACUCAACGCCAGCAGAGACGCAACUCUACACCAUUUGAGAAGAAGAAGAAAGAAAAGAAAGACAAGGAACGAGAGAACGAAAAGGAGAAGAGCGCUUUGUCUAAAGGAAAAGUGGAGAAGAAAAGACAGUCCCAAUCUAUAACCAGAACGAAAACAGAAGCCAGCCCAAAUAUCAGAGCUAAAAACAGAGCUUCAUCACCUGCGACGCCCAGGAGUCGCCCCCUCUCCCCCAAUCCAGUCGUGUCCCCCAAACCACCCUCAUCUGCAGGCCGGGCUCCUCCUGGCACCAAGACCCGGCCUAAACGGGCUCAGACUCCCGCCCGCGUGCAGGCCCCCGCCGUUGCUGCUGUCGCCAUGGAAACCAAGGAGCCUGACCCUCCCAAGGACACAAAGACUGCUCCCAGUGUUCCUGACAUCACCAUCUCGUCUGCUCCGGCCACGCCCCUCACUCCCUCUGCACCAAUCACAUUAGCUCCUCAGACACCAGAGGCGGCCAACGCGGCAGCCACACCUUCCCAGUCGCUCUCUCCUGAGCCCGGCCCUCCGAUCGCCAAGCCCACGGCUGGGACCAAUGAUCCCGAGGAGGCGGCCCGUGUGCUGGCGGAGAAGAGACGUCAGGCCCGUGAGCAGAGAGAGAGGGAGGAGCAGGAGAGACGAGAACAGGAGCAGAAGAGCAGAGCACUGCGUGAGGAGCACGCCAGACGUGAAGAGGAGGAGAGGAGGCGCAGGGAGGAGGAGGCGCGCUUCAUGGCAGAGCAGCAGCGUCUGCAGGAGGAGAAGGAGGCGCAGGAGAGAGCACGAGCCGAGCAGGAGGAAAACCUGCGUCUGCAGAGACAGCGAGAGGAGGCCGAAACCAAAGCCCGAGAGGAAGCAGAGAGACAGAGGAUAGAGAGAGAGAAACACUUCCAGAAGGAGGAACAGGAGCGUCUGGAGAGAAAGAAGCGUCUGGAAGAAAUCAUGAAAAGGACUCGUAAGAGUGAUGCAGGGGGACAGAAAGACGUUAAGGCUCCAGCUCAAGUGAACGGCAGAGUCUCUGACAGUGUAAUCCAGAAAAAUCCAUCAGAAACGCUGCAUAGUGGUGCGACAAAUUUUAACCAAUCACAAGGAGACAUGAAAAUGAGCUCUGUGUCCUGGGACGCGGCACCCCUCGUUAACGGCAUUCAGCCCACUAAGCAUCAGAAUGGACUGUCCUCCAAUGGAGAGGCAGCAGACUUUGAGGAGAUCAUCAAGCUGUCCAAUCACAGUGGCAGUGGAAACGGUGGGCAGGGUCAACCUGCUGACCCAAUCAUGGCCUUUGAGGGAGGGGAACCGUUCAUGAUGAAGGCGGGGCCUAUGAAACCUCAACAUGUGGCAGUUGAUCCAACCCAAUCUGACUUUCUUCAACUGAACCUAAAAAAUGAGGUCCUGUGAGAGAGCAGAGCCUUCUGUAAGAGAAGAGAAGCCUUACGCUACCACUGCUUCCACCCUGACGUGUGCCAAACCGACAAACAGACUGCUUUAACUUUAGACACAGCAAGACAGAAACUGCCGAUUUCUGUGGAAGCACUUUGAGGAAGCAAAAGAAGUGGAGGAGAACCUUAAAAAGACAUUUAUAUACAUAUAAGACGUUUGCAAAAAGUCCCUGUCUAUUUCACUGUGUGUCAUGGUGCAAAAUUGUUGAAUUUCUUUAAAAAGCCACCUGCCAAUUAUGUGGUGCACCUUAAAAGAGUCACUAUAUGAUGAAUUUUAGAAAAAUACAACUUGGAAAUACACAAUGUUUGGCUAUCAUUAUGAUAUUAAUUAUUAUUGUUAUUGUUGUUGUUAUGAUGUAUUGUUACUGUUCUUUUAAGUAGAAAAACGUGUGUCUUGAAUUAUUGCGUUAUUUAACGUGUGGAGCAUCAGAAGGGCGAUAUUCUGUAUGUUAAUGUAUAUUUGCCUGAUUAUGACAGACCUGUGGAAUAAAUCUUUAUGAAAGGG